AUGUCCCUCUCACCACAGUGGUCGCAACACUCCGUUGUGGUGCACUCAGAGGGGCAAGCAAUUGUGCAACAGUCACAGCCGCACUCUUUCACGCCGUCUUCCAUUGGACGCCCCAUUAUCGUCCGACAGAGGGAUCCACGCGUUUUCACAGCAACCCCAACAGCAUCGACGUCAUCCAUUGCGGCAGAGGGUGGGGGAAGCGUAUUCGCGCUCACUUCGCUGGUCCGCCCACAAGACAUUUCCGAGACGUUUUGGGUUCCUGACGCCACUCGGAAUGAGGUUGGUCUUCUGGAAGCGAUACAGAAACGAACCGCGGCCAACCGUACGUACGUUCUCGUGCACAGUCGGCCACUGGCCGAACUGCAGUGUAACUUUUCCACCUGCACGGGUGACAACAUUGACAUCUCGCAUGAUGUAUUCAGACUUUCCAAAGCGUCGGCGGCGCUUUUGCAGAUGGAACGCAACCUAUUUGACGGCGGUAGUGCGUAUUUGCACGGAGAUGCUCCCAAGGCCGGAACCGGUGCGGAUGCGGAUAGCUUCAAAAGUAAUGUUAGAAUGCCACGGGGACCAACAGGGUUCAAGGGUAACGUACCCUCCAAAACUUUCAAGGAGCAGUUGCGUAUGGGGUUAUGCUCCAUUAACGAGGAGGAGUAUUAUCUUGUGCGAUACCGGGACUAUAGCUUGUGGGCCGUUCAGCGGUACGCAGACAUAGCGAAAAAGGAUGGGUUCUGGGGGAAAAAAUACGUGGAGCAGUGUUUUGCAGUCCACGUGGGAAAAGAACCUGGGGAGUUAAUUCCCAUCACGGAGGCACAAUUUCUUUUUGGUGUGGAACUAUUGCAGCGUCAAAUUUUGGAGUACGUCGGUGUUUAUGAUAGUCUUGAUAUAAACUACUGUGCACUAAGUAGAGAUCAAUUUCGCUCGCUUGGAGUUAUUCUUGGUGAUGGAAUGCGGGCAGUUGAGGUUGAGGGCGAGGAAAUCCGCCGACGACGAGAGGAAGAGGAGGAGUCGAAAGAUAGUCGAGCAAAUGCACACUCUGACGCCUACGUUCCACCGAGCAUAUGGGACUGGAGACCAAGCGCUAUAAAGAAGCGCAUUAACCAUCAACUGCAGUUGCAGUACCAUGCAAUUGGUCGGUUAGUUGUUCGUGUUGUUAUGUUCGGAACCGCCACGUACAUCGUGUGUUCCUAUGCGCAGCGUUUCCUACCUCAAGCAGGUAGCGGUAACGGCGCCACAUCACAGCGACGUGGCAAAGGAUAUCGCGGACAAGGUGGAAACUAUGAUAGGAAUGACACCCCGUUUGUUUCACGUGGUUUCCUUCGUAGCGUCAUGCUUGGACCAAAAGAGGUGUUCGAUUACCUGUUGGCGCCGAGUGCCUGA